GUCACCAGGCAUCAGGUCAUUUGGCUCACCAGCGGGCACCACAUCAUCUGGCAAAGCAGUGGGCACCGAGUCACCAGGCACGACAGUGGGCUCCGAGUCAACUGGCAUUGGAUCGCCUGGCCCGACAGCGGGCAUCGGGUCACCAGGCAUGACAGCGGGCACUGGGUCAUCAGGCAUUGGAUCGUCUGGCUCGACAGCGGGAAUCGGGUCACCAGGCAUGACAGUGGGCACUGGGUCAUCAGGUACCGGAUCGUCUGGAUCAACAGCGGGCAUCAAGUCAACUGGCCUAAUGGAAUCAUCAGGCUGGGUGGAGGCAUCAGGCUGGGUGGAGGCAUCAGGCUGAAUUGUGGGCGCCGAGGCACCAGG